AUGGGCAACACCACCAGCUCCGUCCUGGACAACAUUGUCCAGGGAUCCAACUUCGACAGGGAAGAGGUUGACCGCUUGCGCAAGAGGUUUAUGAAGUUGGACAAGGCAUGUUCUACACCAACCAUUUCCGUCCUUCUACCUUAUAUACACAGAAACCGUUGGCGCAAGUCAGCGAAUACAAAUUGGAGCGGUCAAGAUCAUGGUGAUAACUCGGGUACCAUUGAGCGCGAAGAGUUCUUGAGCCUACCGCAAAUAUCGACGAACCCUCUGGCCACCAGAAUGAUUGCCAUCUUCGACGAAGACGGUGGCGGUGACGUUGACUUUCAAGAAUUCGUAUCUGGUCUGAGCGCCUUCUCGAGCAAAGGCAACAAGGAGCAGAAGCUGCGGUUCGCCUUCAAGGUGUACGACAUUGACCGUGACGGCUACAUCAGCAACGGCGAGCUCUUUAUCGUGCUGAAGAUGAUGGUGGGCAGCAAUCUCAAGGACCAGCAGCUGCAGCAGAUUGUCGACAAGACCAUCAUGGAGGCGGAUCUCGACAAGGACGGCAAGAUCAGCUUUGAGGAGUUCACUAAGAUGGUGGAGAACACGGAUGUCAGCAUGAGCAUGACUUUGGGUGAGUUUCUGCUCCUUGACUUGUUUCCCCCCGACUGGCUGAUGGUCAAGCUUGCCUCUGUUGGGCCCCUUGCUAUUGAUAUCCGGAAGACCAAAAGCUAA